AGGAAGAAGUAAAGCAAGUCCACGUUGGCCCCGACGCCUGCGUACAGACAACCGCGCCGGCUUCGGCUCCCCUCUUUCUCCAGAGGCACGGAUUGGACCCACGGACGGGGCAUGAUGGUAGUCGGUACCGGAACCUCCUUGGCGCUGUCCUCCCUCCUGUCCCUGCUGCUCUUCGCUGGCAUGCAGAUAUACAGCCGCCAGCUGGCCUCCACCGAGUGGCUCACCAUUCAGGGCGGCCUGCUGGGAUCCGGCCUUUUCGUCUUCUCGCUGACUGCCUUCAAUAAUCUGGAGAAUCUGGUCUUUGGUAAAGGCUUCCAAGCAAAAAUCUUCCCCGAGACCCUCCUCUGCCUGGUGUUGGCCCUCUUCGCGUCGGGCCUCAUCCACCGAGUCUGUGUCACCACUUGCUUCAUCUUCUCCAUGGUCGGUCUGUACUACAUCAACAAGAUCUCCUCCACUCUGUACCAGGCGACAGCUCCAGUCCUCACACCGGCCAAAAUCACUGGCAAGGGCAAGAAGAGAAACUAACCUUGAAUGAGUAAUAAAGUCGCUUCUUUGUA